AUGGAUUGCAUUCACCUUCAAAUCUCCCAAAUUUCUAAUCUGAAAAUAAACCAAGCAAUAGCAUUAAGCACUGUAAGAUCAGAAAGCAUUACUCACUUGCCUCUCAGAAAAGACCAACAGUUGCAUAUUUUAGAUAGAAGGGAGUUAUGGUCCUGAGCAAUGGACUCGUCUGGAAACAAAGGCUGGGUUCCUAAUACAUUUCUAAAGUUCACUGAGACCAGCGUUACGAAAAACAAUAAUCUUAGCCCAGAGUUCAUUGUCGACUGUAGCCUUUCACAUGAUUUUCAAUCAAUUGUAUUUCAAUCUUCUGAAGACCAAAGUGGCAAAUUAUUUAGCUCUUCAAGUAUUAUUACAUUUGAAAACUUUAGCUGAGACGAUAAUCUUUUGCUCACACUUAAAAGUCAAAAUGCUGUUAUUGGGCAGUCCUUGCAUAAAUUGUCUGAUAUUCAAAGCCAAACAGCAGAAAGCGAUGAUUUUUCUACCAUUGUAAAAUUCAGCUUACAAAAAUAUGCAAUUGCUUCAUGUGAAAUGCACAUCAGGCUUUCAAUAAAUAAGCCAUUGUCUAAAUCAGAGAGUAUAGAAACAAGCCUAUCUCCAAAGCAAGUGCAAUUGCCUGCUCCUGAUUUAUUUGCUGGAGAAUUAAUCUUAGAUUCAUACCCUGGUGUGGCAAGUUGCCGAUGCUUGAAACUGGAAGGUAUGUUUUAUCUAACUAAUUAUAGGAUUUUAUUUAUGGCUCCAUCAGAAUAUAUUCAUUUCUUUGAAGUCCAUAUCUACUGCAUAGAUUCCUUUGAAUCCUUAGGUAACGUUAUAAAAGUAAUCGCUAUAUAGAUUUACGCGAAAGAUUCAAGAGUGAUUGACUAUAUUUUUGAAUCUCCUUCUGCAGUUGAAUCAUUUAAUGAACGUUACACACCUGACUAUGGCAGCUCUUUUUGUUUUCGCUAUUAUCAAGCUUUAGAACAGCCUCGUGAUUUUGGUUGGGAUGUAUAUGACCCAAUACGCGUAAAUUUUAUGAUAGGAGUUUACUCGCCUAGGAGCUUUUGAAGGAGGACAGUUAAAAGUGACACAUAUUAAUAGUGACUAUUUAAUGUGCGACUCUUAUCCCACAGUCUUGAUUGAGCCUUCUUAUAUAUCUACCGAGGAACUAAUCAGUAUUAGUAAAUUCAGAAGCAGAAGCAGGAUCCCAACAGUUUGUUGAUAUAGACGUGGGGUGACUUUAUACAGAAGCAGCCAACCUCUAGUCGGUGUUUUAUCUUAUCGAUGCAAAGAAGAUGAAGAUUUGAUAACAAAGUGUAAUAUCACAUAUAUUUUUGAUGCCCGGCCUAAAAUGAAUGCAAAAGCUAACAAAGCUGCAGGAAAGGGAUACGAGCUUACAGCUUACUAUCCAAGCUCUACAAUUUUAUUUUUAAAAAUCCACAAUAUCCAUAAAGUCCAGCAAAGUUUUCAUGCCCUUAAUCAGCUUUAUGAAAAAGAAGACGGGUUUUUUGAAGCUCUUCACAACUCCAGAUGACUUCAUCAUCUAAAAACUCUUCUUGUCGCAGGAAAAGCUGCCGCGGAUUAUAUGGUAUAUGAACACGCCAACAUUUUAGUACAUUGCAGUGAUGGCUGGGAUCGGACAUCUCAGAUUACCUCAAUUGCCCAACUUUUACUCGACCCUUUUUAUAGGACUUUUCACGGUUUCCAAGUCUUGAUCUCAAAAGAAUGACUUUCUUUUGGGCACAGGUUUAGAGACAGGUCACAAAAGGGUGGCUCUCCUAUUUUUGUCCAAUUUUUAGACGCAGUUCAUCAGAUUCUUAGACAGUGGCCGCGAGAGUUCCAGUUCACGAAUAAAUAUUUGCUGUUUCUAGCAGAUUCACUUUAUUCUGGACUUUUUGGAACUUUUAUGUCGAAUUGUGAAAAAGGAUCAGAAGAAUUUAGGCACCAUACGCUAUCGGUGUGGUCUAUGGAAAGAGAUGAAUUCAUAUCAAAAGAUUAUAAACAGACCCAUUAUGAAAUUUUGCCGAUUCUUACGCAAGUGCCUGAUUUGGAGAUUUGGGAUUAUUUUACAAGAUGGCAAUUGUAUUAG